CAAACUCAUCAACUUCUCCUCUCAAUUAUCCUAAUUCCAAUGAAGAUCCAAAAACCAAUAAUUGCAUUUUUAUUCUUAGGAACAUUCAUUUUACUUUCAUUCCCAAAGCCAUGUUUGACUUCACAUAAUAGAAGAAUUCUUAACAAAACUCCUAACAACAUAAUUAACCAAUACUUAAUAUCACAUAACAAAGUUAGGGCCAAAUUAGGCCUACCCUUACUCCAAUGGAGCGAGCAACUAGCUAGCUAUGCCCGGUGGUGGGCACACCAACGGCAGGGUGAUUGUGAGAUGAUACAUUCGGGCUCCGACUACGGCGAGAACCUUUUUUGGGGAAGCACCGGCCGGCAAUGGGGGCCGGAAGACGCGGUGGCAUUUUGGGCUAGUGAAAAUAAAUACUACAAUUACUACACUAAUUCUUGUGAUCAAGGAAGGGAAUGCUUGCAUUACACCCAAAUUAUUUGGAAACAUAGUUUGAGGGUUGGAUGUGCAAAAGUUAUUUGUACAAAUGGGUUUACUUUCAUUGGAUGUAAUUAUGAUCCCCAUGGUAAUAUUCUAGGACAAAAGCCUUUCUAAUAUCUCUUAUAGUCAAAAGUAUAACAGGUAUAACAGGUUUUGAAUAUGUACAAGAUGUCUUAUUGCACAAAAUUUUCUAUAUCAAAUGGUAUUAGAUUAUAAUUUGACUUUAAUUUAAGUUACUAGUUUUUGGGCCUUAAAAUUUCAAAAUAUUGAAAUAUGUAGGCCUAAAAUAUCAUAGUUGAUCAUGGGUUAGCCUAAAAAAUUGUAGUUGAUCAUAAAAUUUCCUUUUUCUCUUAGCUGUAAGGGUUGUUUCAUUAGUCCGGAUCAAAAAAAUAUCUAUAAAAUUAUACGUACUAAUAUAAGUCUGAUAGGCUUGAUAAAUUUGUUUGAGACCUGAGUCAUGAUGAGCUUAGCCUUGUCAAAAUAUGGGCAAAAGCAUAUCAUCAAAGUUGUUUGUCUAAGAAAACUAAUUAUUAUUUUACAUAAAUUAUAUAUGUAACAUAAUGGUUAUAGUUAAAUAAUAAAAUUGGUAAUUAUAGACCUUGUUGUU